AUGGCUGCAUCCCUUGUGUUCAGACUCCAUGACGGAGGUCCAGAGCUGGUGAGGGAGGUGCUUCUGGAGCGAGGAUGGGAGGAAUAUGAUGAGGAAGAGCAGGAGGAGGAAGACUGGAACCUCUACUGGCGGGGCUCUGCAUUCCGCAACUCACAGUAUCACAACCUGCUGCCGUGGCAACGCCUCAACCACCAUCCCAAGACUGCUGGCAUCACACGCAAGGACUGCCUGGCACGCAACCUACGGAGAAUGAGAGCUACAUUUGGUUCAGCUCUCUACGAUUUCAGUCCCACUGCAUUCAUCCUCCCAAACGACUACACUCGCUUCCUGGCCGAGUACAACAAACUGCGUCUGAGCGGGCGACAGUCGGUCUACUGGAUAUGUAAGCCUACGGAUCUCUCCAGAGGCAGAGGGAUCUUCAUCUUUGAGGAUAUUAAGGCCUUGGUCUACGACUGCUCCGUUAUAGUACAGAGGUACAUCAGUAACCCUCUGCUGAUCUCCGGCUACAAGUUUGACCUGAGGAUUUAUGUGUGUGUGAAGAGCUUUCAUCCACUGACUGUUUACAUUCAUCAAGAAGGCCUGGUGCGUUUCGCCACUGAGAAGUACAACCUGUCAUCUCUCCAUAACCUGUACGCUCAUCUCACCAACACCAGCAUCAAUAAGUUCGGUCCCUUCUACGAGACCAAAAAAGAGAGAGUGGGCCAAGGAUGCAAGUGGACCAUGAGCAAGUUCAGGCAUUUUCUCCACAGCCAAGACAUCAACGAGGUUCUUUUGUGGCAGAAGAUCAACAACAUCGUCACACUGACCCUCCUCACAAUCGCUUCGUCUGUCCCCUCCUGUCCAAACUGCGUGGAGUUGUUUGGCUUUGAUAUCCUUAUUGAUGUCAAAUUCAAACCUUGGCUGCUGGAAGUCAACUACAGCCCUGCGUUAACUCUGGACUGCCAGGCAGAUAUUACAGUGAAGAAAGGGUUAGUCAGUGAUCUGAUUGAUUUGAUGAAUUAUACACUGAAUGACAGCUUGAGAGAGAGGGCUUACCAGAUUCAAGGGUACAAGCAGCCUUGUUUCAACGCUAACCACAUGUCACAUGUUACACCUGUGCUCCCAAAGGUUAAAGACCCCAAGUUUAAGAAGCGAGGGAGCGGUAACCAGUUCUCCCAGACACUCCCACUGCCUCGCCAGCCUGAAAACAUGAAGUCCAGACAACACGCUCUUGUCACAAGCUACCAGAGACACCUUCCUCGGGUUGACUUAAGCAAGAUACAUGCGGCCGGGGGCAGAAUAAUUAACACCAAAGUUACAAAAACCCACUACGAUAAGAAUCUAAACCUGAUACUCAGCUCACAUUCAAGGACAAAUGUGUCAGUGGUAAACAGACAGACAUGUCCAGCUCUUGCUGCGUGGCUAAUGGACAACAGGAGCCCUCACGUGUCUGAGGUUACGCACCAUGACGACGACGCUGAAACAAAAGCUCAGGUGGAGCUCUCAAGACAGACGGAUGCUUCCUCUUCGACACAUGAUAUCCCACAGCGGGGGCUGGGAUUCAGACCUGCCUGGAAGCUCCCGAACAUUCACAGUAGGAAAGAAAGGCCAGUAAGGGCACUGAAGAGACAACAGACUCCUCCGCUCAGGGUUGGAGACUUCAUACGGACCUUCCCAUUCAAUGCAGCCACUCUGAGGGCCUCACAGCAUGAACUGGAUGUUAAGACAAUCAUGCAGGAGAUCCGCAGGCUGACUUGCAUGGUGGCCUCAUCAGACGACAAACUGUGGAGAGCAGAUCAGGAGGUGAAGAACGACGAAGACGGUGAAGAAGACUUUGAUUCACUGUUGUGGGGUCCGAAGGAUCCUCCAUUGCUCAGUCAGUGCUUCAAACCCACUUAGAGUAUUUUUUAUAUUAAGGUGAGUGGGGUUUUACUUUGAACAAACAUUUAGAUUCCUGUAAUUUAUGAAAACAGACAUUUCAUCGAGGGACAAAGAGGCAUAUGCCAGCUUUAAAUGCCUAAUGAGCCCUACAAUGAGAGAACAUCUCUAAUUCACUUAGCUCUGAGCGCUGGUGUACUGAACCCUGUUUGAAUGUUAUUCUCCUCAAUGCGAACUGAAACAGCACAGAGUCUGAAUAUUUGACUUAGUUUAAACGUAAUGUAGCUCACAGACUACAGAACGUAAUACUGUCAGACUGUGUGGAAUAAGAGGAUUUCUCCAGCCGUUUGACUCUACUACAGCAAGGAUUUUCAUAUCAAACUCCAUUUAUAUCAGCAUCUGCUCUCUUACUGCCGACCUCAUGGCGUGCUAAUAUUGUUUGUUUAUUUAUGAUGAUAUCUGUGCACUUCCAUGUUAAUGAGAGCCUCGGUUCCAGUGGCUUUGUGACCCAGCAGACACCCGAGGCUAAUCCUGAAUUAUAGUAAUGACUUGAGUCUUAAUUGAAAGAUGAAUGGUGCUGUCAUCAGGCUCCAAAUACUUGAUGGCGUGGUCUGGAAAUGAGAUCUCUCUCUUCCCUCCACCGGAUGUCGUUUCUCCGUUACAGAUUGUACAAGAAGUACUACACCAUGAGCCAUACGUGUCACAUACUGCAGAGUCUGUACAGUUUUUUCCAUUUUCUGAUUAAGAUGCUGAACGACUCCGUUUGAGU